AUGGCCGACAAUAUAACCGUUUCUAUUAAAGUUCGGCCACUGAUAAAACGUGAGAAAGACUUGAAGCUUACCUCGCAAUGGCGGAUCCGGGACAACACGAUCGCUAACAUUGAUGGCAACGGAGAACCGUUUGUGUUCGAUCACAUUUUUGAUGAGUCGGUUCACACGAAGGAUCUCUUCGAACGUGUGUGCAGGCCGAUUGUGCAUUCGACGUUGAAUGGCAUCAACGGUACGAUAUUUGCCUACGGCCAAACAUCGUCGGGCAAAACGUACACUAUGAUGGGCGAUGGUGCCGGAGAGCUUGGAGUAGUGCCGUUGACGGCACAAGAAAUUUUUCGGCAAAUUGAAAACAAUAAGGACCGCCAGUUUUUGAUCCGUGUCGGAUACAUUGAAAUUUACAACGAGAAAAUCUUCGAUCUAUUGGAUAAAAGUAAUACCAAUUUGAAGAUAUUGGAAAGUCAGUGUGGUGAUGUGCAGUUGAACUAUAAGGAAAUUAUAACGAACUGCCCGGAACAGAUAAUGAAAUAUUUAGAGGAAGGUAAUAAGGUGAAGCGAAUCGGUGAUACCAAUAUGAAUGAGCGUUCGAGUCGGUCGCACACGAUUUUCCGGAUAACGAUAGAAUCAAGCGACGUUGGCCGGACUGAAGGCGAUGAGAAUGAUGCGGUGCAAAUUAGUACGCUGAAUUUAGUAGACUUGGCUGGCAGUGAAAGAGCAGAUCAGACAGGAGCAACAGGUUCUAGAUUGAAAGAGGGGGCUCAUAUUAAUAAGAGCUUGCUUUCUUUGAGCUGUGUUAUUCAGAAGUUGAGUGAAAAUGCAGAUAACCUGACGUACAUUAACUACAGAGACUCUAAAUUGACGCGCAUACUGCAGGCUUCACUGGGAGGCAAUGCAGUGACUUCCAUGAUAUGCAACAUCACACCAGCUGCGCUGGACGAAAGUUACUAUACUUUAAGUUUUGCGAUGCGUGCGAAAACAAUCAAAAACAAACCGAUAGUGAAUGAGGUAAUAUCGGAAGCGGCAAUGAUGAAGCGUUUGCAGCGGGAAAUUAAGCGUCUCCAAGAUGAGCUUAAAUCCGAACAAAGUAAAAAUAGUAAAAUAAAAACUUUGGAACUACAGAACGCAAUUACCAUGCGUGCUAAUCAAAUUAUCAACUCUCAAACUCACAUACAGUUUGACAAAGCACGACGGCGUACAUGGUGUCCUUCGAGCUCCGGCAUCCCUAAACCGGUCGGUUAUGCCGAAAGGGAUAACCGCCUUAUGCCGCCGCCACCGCCAUUUUUAUCCAGCUUAUCCACACUUUCGGGCAGCAGUUUGAAUUCGUCCUCCGGCGAGGAGAAAUCUCCACCGGCCACCGUUCGGCCCGAGCUGGUCAAUUACAACGCAUCGGCAGAGCUGCUAGCAAGAAAGGUGCGUUCGACUACACCCACUCGCCAGUAUCUGAGUGCUAUCGCUAGACCCGACGACAAUGGUGACGAGUUUAUACCGGCCGAGCUGGUCGAUUUUGGAGAACGAUCACCGGGAAACAUUGCCAGGGACAUUCAUACGCCCAACGGCUUCAAAGCUAAGCGAAGAUCACGUCGGUCUUCUACUGGGGAUGCCGGGGUUAUGGAUUACGAAAAAAGAUGUAAAGAGCUCGAACAAGAGUUACUCGAAUUGCAGGAGUUUACUAACCUGGAAAAGAAUUUAGAUCUGGCGAAUAUUAAACAGCAGCUGUACUCCCGAGAGCAGAUGCAGGGUUUUCUGAAAAAUAGAGAAGAAAAAAUAGAGUCGCUGGAGGAACGUUGUCGAGAUUGUGAGGAAGAGCUACGCCAAAAACAAGAACAAAUCUUUGACAUGGAAAAGGAACUGAUAGUUGCUCGCAAAGAGUGUGAAGCGUCCGUAAAAGAAGCAGAACUGUGCCGUAAUUUGCAAAAUAGUGUUCAAGUUGAAUAUGAACUAUUCCAGCAAAAGGCUAAAAAUCGAGAAAAGGAGUUGAUCGAAUGCCUAGAGGAGGCCCGUGAAAGUAGUUUGAACGGAAGUGGCAAAAAGAUAAGCUCGGUUGACAACAAUUCGACAUUGCUAGAAAGCACCAGAAAGGAGUUGAAAAACUUGGAAGUGCAGAACUACGAGUUGCAGUUGCAAGCAGAAGAAUGUAAUGUCAACAUGGAGAAACUCAGAGUAGCAGUAAAUGAUGGAGCGGAGAAGAUUGCUAAGUUGAAAGAAGUACUUGACAGAGAUGUAAGCAGGAAAGAUGCAACGAAGCUGUUUCGAAUGUUGACUAGACUGAGGAGCAUUAUAGCAGAUGAGGAUCUGCUGGUAAAUACCAGUAUAGGCACAGAUGAGCUGGUUGACAGCAUAAGUGAAACGAGCUUUACCGACAGUACGGGUCGUUCGUCUCCAACGAAAAUUGUGCUGGUAAACGACGAGGGAAAAACAAAUGUUAUCUAUGAUAGCAAUAACUGCCAUACGCUGGACAUGACCAUCGAAAACGGUGAGCUGAUGAAGAAGAUAAAACUACUGGAAGAAGAAAGUAAGCAAAUUAAUGCACUGCUAGUAAAAUAUGAAGGCGAAAUUGAGAAAGCAGCGACUAAAGAUUCGCUUUUGAAGCAAUUGACUGAGAAGCUAGAGCAUGAGCGUGCUGCAGUGGUUGUUUUGGAGCAAAGUGUGCAGAAAAAGAAGUUGGAAUUUGAUAAGCUAACUAGCGAAUACAAUGAACUAUCGACACAGGUCUUAGACUAUGUUCAGGAUAUCGAUAAUUACAAGGAACAGAUUGAGAGAAUGAACAACACGUUGGAACGAAGCAAAGAAAUUGCUGCAAGCCUUCAGUCAGAGAAGGAACAGCUUUCGCAGGAUGUAUUCCAAAUUCAAGAGGAAAAACAAAAGCUCGAGGAGAAAAUCAAGGAACAAGAAGAGAAAUACAAGAUGUGCAAAGCUGAACAAGAUGAUAUUGAAAGAAAUUUCGAGCAAAAGCUGGAACAAAAUAAAGAAUUUAUCGCCAGUCUUCAAUCAGAGAAGGAACAGCUUUCGCAGGAUGUAUUCCAAAUUAAAGAAGAAAACAAGAGUCUCGACGAGGAAAUCAAGGAACAAGAAGAGAAAUACAAGAUCUAUAAAGCUGAACAAGAUGAUAUUGUAAGAAAUUUUGAGCUAAAGCUGGAACAAAACAAAGAAUUCAUUGCAAGUCUUCAAACAGAAAAGGAACAGCUUUCGCAAGAUGUAUUCCAAAUUCAAGAAGAAAAACAGAGGCUCGACGAGAAAAUCAGGGAACAAGAAGAACAAUACAAGAGCUAUAAAAUUGAACAAGAUGAUAUUUUAAGAAAUUUUGAGCUAAAAAUGCAAAAACUGGCCGAUGACGGUGAGAGUCAAUUACGAGAACAGAUUUCAGCUGUUGAGAAAGAAUUUGACGAGUGCAAAAAAAGAUAUCAGCAACUUGAAAAACAAAUUUUAAACAUGCAAUCUGAUAAGAAUGAAUUGGAAGCUAAAGUCGCUGAAUUUGAGCGAGAAAAGGUCACAGAUUCGAUCAAACAUAAAAAUGAAUUAGAUGAGAUAAAUACAAUGCUGCAAGAGACGGUGGCUAGAAAUAAUGAAUUGCAAAAAACUGCUUUAGAUACAGAAAAUGAGUUGACUACAAGAAUAUCACUACUUUCUGAAGAAAACUCUGACUUACAGAUGCAGCUUGCUAAUAUCGAAAAUCAUUUGAAAAGCACCGCCGAAAAUUCCGAGACACAGUCGGAAACAUUACCCAAGUUGCAGCAAACCUUGGAUGAGUUGAAUACACUGAAGUUGGAAAAAGAAUCUCUACUCCUACAGUUGGAGGAUACAAAACAGAACUAUCAAAUGAUCCUGAAUGAAAAGGAAAAAACAGACGAGAAGUGCGAUAAAUUGUGCAACGAGCUGUCUCUGCUGGUUUCCGAAAAAGAACGAACCACCGAAAGCGAGAGACUUGUGCUUAAAAAUGAAAUCAAUGAUCUGCGGCAGGUAAAAUACGACCUGGAGCAAACAGCUGCCAGUACGAAGGAACAGAUUAGCACUUUAACAGAGAGCCUUGCCGACGCAGAUCAACAGAAAAUGAAACUCAUGUCGCGAGUUCAGUCUUUGGAAGCCGAAAUCGAGGAAUCCUCCAGCAUUCGCGAACACCUAGAUCGGGAAAUUCACGCUUUAAAAACAGAUCUCGGAAAUCUGGAGCAACAACUGCAGGACAAUAACGACAAGGUUGAGCAAUAUCAAAAACAAAACGACAACUAUGAGCAAGAGCUGAUUAAAAAAUCCGAAGUCAUUCAGCAAGGUAUAACAGAGCAACUUACAUUGCGAAAAUCGAUCGUUCAAUUGGAAAAACGUCUAUCUCAAAUAAACGAAAAAGAGUUUAAGCGACAACUAGAGGAAGCAGAAAGUCGUUGUCAAGAACAAAAACAGGUUGUCCUUACCAUGGCGAAGCAAAAGACAGACCUUCUAGUACAAAUUAGGGAUGUCACUUCUGAUCGUGAUUUACUGAAACAGCAAGUUGCUGAAAAAGAUGAACUAUUAGAAAAAGCCAAGUUGCAGAUAGUCUCGUUGGAAACCAAUGUAAAUGGCCUUGUGAGUAAAUUGGACCAAACUGAAAGCUGUUUCGCCGACGCGAAACAACUCAAAGAAGAGCUAAACGUACUAGAAAAGCAAAAACUAGUAGUCUCCGAUCAGCUACAGCAGAUCGUCGCUGAAAUGACUACAUUGAAAGAAGAAGCACAAUCUAAAGAUCAGGAACUAGAGCGAGCUAGACUUCAAAUCAUUUCGCUUGAAAAUCAGGUAACGGAACUCAAGUUGGAGAUUGAUUAUGCAGGACAGGCUCUCAUUGAAGCAGCAGCACUUAAUAAAGAUUUAAAGCUACAGGUCACCUGCUUAAACUUGGCAGUUGAAGAACUAGAGAAACGCUAUGGUGCACACUUAAUGGAGACAGAAAUACUGCAAGCAACCGUGUCUGAAUUGGAAAGCAACUCGCAGCAUUUUCAACGUGAACUAUCGGAAAAAACGAAAUGUCUUGAAUUGCGGAAAAACGAAUCUGUUGAGAUAAAUUUGCUGCAUGAACAAAUUACCGCAUUGACAGCGCAAUUAAAAAAAGAGAAAACUCAGUAUCAAAUUGACCUUGAUUCUGAAAAGGAACUGUCCUUAAAAAUGCAACAAUACAUUAAAGAACUUGAGCAAGCAAAGUUAGACUUGCAGACAAAAAUGAACGCACUUGAAAACGAUCACAAAGAUCUCUUGGAAACACAUUCCGCUGUUAUCGAGAAAAACCAACAGUUGGAAGCAACGAAUACUAGACAGGAAGCACAAAUUGUGAAUCUCAACACCGAUCUGGUCAUUCACGAAGAGAAGCUCAAAGCUGUAAGUCGUGAUUUAGCCGCUAAACUAAUAGAAUUAGAAAAAAAUCGGCAAGAACACAAUUUAAAGCUGGAACAACUAUGUGCCCAAAUCCAGGAAAAUGUUCAACUUAACAAUAGCAAUGAUCAACGAAUAAAAACUCUUGAGCAGGAAAACGACAAGCUGCGAUCCAAACUUAACCAAUUAAUUGACGUUGAGAUGGGCCCCUUGCAGUCAACUAUUAAGCAGUUAAAUGAACAACAAGAAGAUAUUCAGUCUAAACUGGCACACAGUGCUGAAAUGCUGAAUCUCAAAAGCUUGGAGUUAGAACAGAUGGCGGAUCUUUUGAAGCAAGAAAAAUCGACUACCGAACAAUUGCAUCAGCAGCUGGUGGAGGCCAAAUUGAGAAUUGCGCCAGAUGGUCGACCUUCGCUCGGCGAUAGUAAAGUGGCGCAAGCUUUGAGAAAGGAAAACGAUGACCUACUAAAGCAGUUUAAUGAACUACAGAAGACGUACGCAUCUAAAACUAGUCAGCUGCAGGAGAAAAUCGAUGAACUAAAAGAAGAAAUCUCCACUAUGAGACAUGAGACAAGUUUUCAGGAAAAAGAAAUACAGAUCGUUGCACUGGAAGGAAAGAUAAGUCACUACGAGCAAGUUUACGAGGAUACAAAGAUCAGACAUCGAUCACUACAGCGACAGAAUGACGAGUUGCGAGUCAAGCAUCAAAACCUAGUAAUGGAAAUGGAUGAUCUUCGUCGGCUGGCGGACAAAGACCGUCGAUCGCGGCGACAAAGCACGCACGAUGAUCGGCGAGGUGUGUGGUUCAACACUAAGGAUAGUUCCACGAUGACGGACCCAAGCUCAAGCGACUGCAGUUGUGUUGAUAUGGAUAUUCAAAUCAAGGACUUGCGCAAGCAGCUAACAAUUAAAGAAUGUCAACUAAAUACAGAGAAAAUGAUGGCCGCCGCAAACCCGUUGAAAAACGAAGUUGUUGAACUUCGCCGGUUGAUAAAAGAACGGGAAGGUGAAAUCUUCAAGCUGCAUGACGAAACCCGAACGCUUUCGGUGGCGUUAGAUCGGGAGCGUCAACAGCUGACUAAAAACUGCAAUAACUGCAUCCGACAGCAGCGAAUGCAAUCGCUACGUAGUGAUAAAGCAAUGAACACAGACCCUGCAGAAAAUAACUCGGAAGUUUCUCCAUUGUUGCAAAGUACAGCCAAAAAGCUGGAAGAUUCCCAGGAAGAACUGCGUAAACUAAACAGUAAAUAUCAAGAUAUGAAAAGAUUAUGCCGGAUUAGAAACGAAAAGAUUGUUAGUCUUAAUCAAGAUAUAGUGGAAAAAGAAAAUGAAAGCAGUAUUGCCAAUAGAAACGUUCAACAAGAAGUUUCACUGUUGAAACGACAGUUGAAGGAAAGUGAGGAUAAGUAUUCGCUAAUGCUAAGGAAGUGCCAGAGCAAUCAUUUCGUGAAUAAAACAGAAAAGCUGGAUGAUGCUGAAAUGCUACGUUUUAAGUACGAAAAGUACAAAAGCAUGGCCAUUGCACUGAUGGAACAAAAUGAAGAGUUAAAACGGAAGGUGGCUACAACAUAG